UAUUUUCUAUCUACGUGACUUUACCGAAAGAACCAAGAAUAUGAAUUCCUGCAGUCACGAAAGUUUUAAGUCAAUGUAUAGAGUCGGGUACAUUCGAAGUGGCCCUUGGUGGAGAGACUGUCAGCCAAAGGAUUCGAACUUCAUAGUUCUCAUUCUGCCUGGUGUCCCAUACCCCUCGCUCAGCUACAGCCUCUUCCUUGCGUGUUCAACGACCGUCGCCCUCAGUGUGGGGCUCCGUGGCCACCACGGCUUGCCAGGUGGUGUAGGCGUGGGGGCAGCGAGGAGCUGUGGGCCAGGAGAUGGCAGUCACUGAGUCUCCAUCAACACCCCCCCCCCCGCCUCCUCGUAUGCCAGCGUUAUGGGUUCAUGUCGCCUAUCGUGUUUGUGUAUUGUUGUUGUUGUAACCUUCUGAUCCCUUGCCCCUGCUGGACUUCUGUGAAAAAGCUGUAUAGCUCAUCGGACUCCUCCACUGUAAAUAUUCUGAUUGAAUCUUGAGUUCUCUGGUUUAUCACGAACGCGAAACCAGCCACACGCGCUCAUCAACAAUGGAAAUUAGCCUCAAACAUGGCACGAGUGAUUAUUAGUCUUGGGCCCGCCACGCUGGCAAGCCGUGCGUUGAGGAAGAGCCUCGAUGCCAAUGUCAAGGUCUGCUCGCCACGACGAGAAAGGCCCUCGCGAGGCGAGUCGGUGUCGUGUUUGCGAACUGUCCGCCGUGGGAGCGUAAACUACAAACAUCGCAAUGCGGGGUCCUCUUGAACAAAAAAAGGUCGUAAGCCUUUCUGGAUAAAUAAAGGCGUAACUUCUGGAUUGUUGUUAUUAUUACGACCUUCGAGGCAAGUCACAGUGAUACCAUGUGGUCUAGGAGGGGGAACCAACAUCGAACUGCCUCACUUCUAGAUUUGUCCUUUAAAGAUGGAUCCAGAACUUCCUAAGGGGGGCGGAGGGCGGGGCACUGCCUCCAACGCCCCCCCCGCCCGUACCUGAGUGGGCUCUGCCUGGUAGGAUGACGGGGAUGGUGGGGAUGGUUGAGUUGUAUCUGGGUGAUUUGUUUACCAUUCUUGUACUCUGCACUACGAUCACGUCUUUUUUUGAUUUGUUGUGACGUUCGUACCCGCCCCCACUGGACAUAUGAAAAAGAGCUUUAUAGCUCAUCAGAUUUCUCCAGUAUAAAUAAAUAUUCCGAUUGUUUCCGCCACUGCCGUCCACAGCAGCGCAGCCAUGCCACAAAUCAGCCGCGUGGGGUUCCUUCUCAGCAGUGCCGUUAGUGAGCAGCAGCAGCAGUUCAAUAACUCCGAUUCGCACGGUUGGCUGCGUACGGUGCGAAAUAAGUUCUACAUACAAGCAAAGCUCUGAACCGAUAUUCUUAGUUCUUUCGGUAAAGUCACGUUGCAAUGUUUCAUCGGCAUACUUGAAUCAGUAAUGUGAGCUGUCGUACGUUCGACACGUCACGUCGGCUUUCGCGACAGAUUAUUUAUUAUGUUUGGGUCACAUCGCCGUGAGUUAAAAUGAAUUGUAGCACACCCUUCGGCACCUGACAUCCAAAUAAUAUCAAUCUUGAUGAAUAUCGUUACGUUAACAAACGUUGUUUCUGCUUUAGCACACAGGAGUGUUAAACAAUGUCAGACGUGUAUCUGCAAACACCCUCGCUGUGUGUCCAAUAGAUCGACUACUAUACAUACAUAAAUACGGUGAGAACACAAAUAACAAUAAGCAGUUAUCUUUCUCUGCUUACUCGUGUUGUUAUAGUCUCCACGACGUUCAUUGUUCAAGCACAAGUUUCGCUUGUGUUGAACAAAAAGUUGCUGAAUAUUGUGCACGUGUGGGCCGAUGGGACGUGCGUAAACAAAACUAAUAAAUAACAUUAUCUACGUGGACGGACUUAUUAUUAAUAUGUUGUGCUCAUUCACCCCCCGACAGAGCCACGCACGCCUGGGCAGCAGCGGCAGCAGCAGCAGCUCCCUGGUGGGGCGGGAGAGGGGGCGUUGAUUCAGUGGGGGGAGCGCGAUCAGUGCAGAGGAAGAGAGUUGUGUUUUGAUCAAAUAAGUCGUGGACCGAUACCCCCACCACCCCCCACCAAUCCCGCAUCCUGCACCGUGGCCCCCACACUCCGCCCCCCCCCCCCGGCCGGGCUGGCUGAUGUCAUCCGGGCUGGAGGCGCAGAGCCACCCCCUGACGAUUCACUCGCGACGCAGCCACCGCAAGUGGUCACUGCGGCGCCCGGGAAGGUCUCGGGGACGGCGCCUCGCUCGAUUUCACCUCGCGGCGGCGGGGCAGGGGAGGAGAAUUUUGUUCGCGAGAGGAAUUUGAGCGACGCUGCCGCUCCACACCGCUCGGAGACGAGACCCGCGCUCGGGGAGGAGGGACAAGAAGGAGGAUGGUAGCGCUGGUGAUGUGGCCCCUGCGCCUCGCCUGCUGCUGCCUGCUGUGGCUGCCCCUCAGCAUGGGGGGGCCAGGCGGCGUCAUGGACGUGACCCUCAUCAACUUCGGUCCCACGGUGGGCGACCACAAGGAGACGGCUCUGCUGUGCGUGGCGGGCGACCGCGACGUGGACCUGCGCCUCUCGCGCGAGCUGGAGCCCGUGAUGGCGGCGCGCCAGGCCCCGCGACUCGAGAGCCAGCGCGACAGCCGCCGCGUCAACACCGUGCGCCUCACGCUCUCCGCCAGGCUCAGCUGGGCGCGACUCGGCGUCUUCAGCUGCCUCGCCAGCAGCCGGCGGGGCGCCGACAUGGCCGUGCUGACGACCACCAAGAUCAGCGAGCGCGCCUUCUUCCUGCCGAGCCGCCCCACGGUGACGGUGAGCCGCGGGGAGACGGCCUCCAUCGAGAUGGUGGCCGUGACCAAACUCAACGAGGACAUCAUGUGGCUGAAAAACGGCUCGUUUGACACCACGACCCCCGUGAGCGAGGUGGUGCAGGGCAAGGUGACCCUGCACAUCGCGAACGCCACCCCGGCACAUGCCGGCGUCUACUGCGCACGCUACGUCAGCAACAGCUGGCUCUUGGGCGCCUGCACUCGCCUCAUCGUGCGCCGGUGUCCCGCGGACCUGUGGGGACUGGACUGCGCGCGGCAGUGCCCGGCGUGCCUCCACGGUGGCGUGUGCCACGAGGACAGCGGCACCUGCGUGUGCCCGCCGGGCUUCAUGGGUCCCGUGUGCGAGACCGGAUGCGGGGACGAUGCGUUUGGGAGCAAGUGCUCCGAGCGUUGCAAGGACGGGGGCUGCAACUUCUACACGUUCUGCCUCCCGGACCCCUACGGCUGCUCCUGCGCGACCGGGUGGCACGGCCCAGACUGUGACAAGCCGUGCGGCGCAGGGGAUUAUGGGCCAAACUGCCGCUUCAAGUGCGAGUGUGAACGCGGGGCGCCCUGCGACCCCUUCCGAGGCUGCAUCUGCCCCGAGGGCUGGAAGGGCGCGCGGUGCGAGCAGGAGGCCCUGACCCCCCCCUGCAUCCUGGAGCCGCUUGAGGACCUGGAGAUUAACGCUCGCACGCGGCUGCAGCUCAACUGCUCCGCCACCGGGUUCCCCACGCCGCGGCGCGACGACAUCGAGCUGCUCCGGCCCGACGGCUCCAAGCUCAGCCCUGCGUCAUCCAGCACGGAGAGGAAUAUCACCACCUCGACGUUCAAGCUGGCCGAAGCCAAGGUGACGGACGACGGGGAGUGGAGGUGCCGCGUGGAGACGCCUGCGGGCCGCCGCGAGAAGUCUUUCCGCAUCGACUUCAAAGUGCCGCCCUCGCCCGAGUCCCCGCCGCGGCUCGUGCAGAGGUUCAGCACGGCGCUCAUGCUGGACCUCAUGGUGACGCCGCACAAGGGCGACGGGCCGCUCCAGGGGGCCCGUCUCAUCUACACCUCCAGCAGCCGCCCUGCUGAGAAGCUGUGCGACGUCUACCUGGAGAACGUGUCGUCCUACCUACUCGGAAACCUCCAGCCGCUCACCAACUACAGCCUGAGGGUGCAGCUGCAGCGUCCAGGGCCUGAGGGCUCCGGGCCGCGGGGCCCCGAGGCCAUGCUGCAGACAGACUGCCCCGACCCGACGGUGGCCCCUGUGCUGGGCCCCGUGGCCGCGACGGGCCGCACGGAGGUGCGGGUGGCGUGGUCGCUGCCGGCCCCGCCGCCCGUCGUGGAGAACGCCGAGGGAGUGGUGCUGCUCUUCCGCCGCCCGGCCGACGGCUUCUUGCGCGAGGUCAAGGUGCCGGGGCUGGAGGCGCGGGAGCGCUCCGUGCAGGACCUGGAGCCCGACCACCGCUAUUCGCUGCAGCUGCUGCUCUACAAUUGCGGCAGCCGCGGGCCGCCCUCACAGAGCCACAGCUUCCUGCUGGGCUCGCUCGGCCCCUCGGCACCGCUGGGCCUGCGCGCUCGCGCCCUCAACCAGACGGCCGUGCGCCUGACCUGGGAGCCGCCCUCCUCGCACCGCGGCCGCAUCGUGCGCUACCUCGUCGAGUGGCGGCGGGCGCCCGGCUCCGGGGCGGGGGCCGCGGGUUCCGCGGGCCCGGGGCCCGGGGGGCCGGUGGGGUCCGGCUCCUCGUCGCCGGCAGGGGUGGCGGACGCCGUGCCCCGCGAGGCUGCGACGCCCGGCGACCGCGCGCAGCUCACGGCGGCGCAGCUGCAGCCGGCGUCGCGCUACUCGUUCCGCGUGCGCGCGCACGCACAGGAGCCCGGCGCGUGGAGCGAGGCCAUCACCGCGUGGACCCACAGCAACCGUCCCCCACCCGCCCCCACAGAUGUCCACAUCUACAACACCACGGACACGGCGGCCACCGUGUCCUGGAGUGUGGCCGAGGGGCACUUCAUCUCUGCCAUCAUUCUGCGCUACAAGGUGUACGGAGACCGCGAGCCGCUGGAUCGGGUGGUGAAGCUGCCGGAGGGCGGCGAGGCUGGGCCCGUGCGCUCCGAGGCGCGUAUCACGGGCCUCGAGCCCGAGCGGCCGUACCUUCUCGAAAUCGUCGCCCGCAACAACGUGGGGGAGAGCUCGCCCAACAUCAUCCGCGAGCUCCGCACGCUCUCAACCAUCGCAGUGAUGUCGCAGGACAGGGCCGGCGGUGGGGACGCCCAGGCAACGGGGGGGCCUGCCGCUGGGCCCGAGCCACAGCUGCUGCUGGCCGUGAUGGGCUCCGUGGCCGUCACCUGCCUCACCAUCCUGCUCGUCGUGCUCGUGCUGCUCUGCCUGCGCGGCAGCGUCUUCCGCCGACGCCGCACGUUCAUUUACCCACCGGGAUUGCGGGACGAGCCGGUCGUGCAGUUUGCGUCGGGAACGCUGACCCUGAGCCGCCGACCCAAGCCCCCCCCAGAGCCCAUCAGCUACCCCGUGCUCGACUGGGACGACAUCAAGUUCGAGGACAUGAUUGGCGAGGGCAACUUCGGGCAGGUGAUCAAGGCGCUGGUGAAGAAGGACGGCACGAAGAUCAACGUCGCCAUCAAGAUGCUCAAAGAGUUCGCAUCUGAAGAUGACCACCGAGAUUUCGCGGGAGAGCUCGAGGUCUUGUGCAAGCUCGGGCACCAUCCCAACAUCAUCAACCUCAUCGGUGCCUGCGAGCACAGAGGGUACCUGUACAUCGCGAUAGAGUUUGCGGCGUUCGGGAACCUGCUGGACUUCCUUCGCAAGAGCAGGGUGCUGGAGACGGACCCGGCGUUCGCCAAGGAGCACGGCACGGCCUCCACGCUCUCCUCACAGCAACUGCUUCAAUUCGCGGCGGACGUCGCCAAGGGCAUGCAGUACCUGAGCGAGAAGCAGUUUAUUCACCGAGACCUGGCCGCUCGAAACAUCCUGGUGGCGGAAAACUACGUGGCGAAGAUCGCCGACUUCGGGCUGUCGCGCGGCGAGGAGGUCUAUGUGAAAAAGACCAUGGGGCGGCUGCCCGUGCGAUGGAUGGCCAUCGAGUCGCUGAACUACAGCGUGUACACGUCCAAGAGUGACGUGUGGUCGUUUGGGGUGCUGCUGUGGGAGAUCGUGAGCUUAGGAGGCACGCCGUACUGUGGGAUGACAUGCGCUGAGCUCUACGAGAAGCUGCCGCAGGGAUUCCGCAUGGAGAAGCCGCUCAGCUGCGACGAUGAAGUGUACGAGCUGAUGAGGCAGUGCUGGAGAGAUCGUCCCAAUGAGCGGCCCCCGUUCUCGCAGGUGUGCAUGUCGCUCAACCGCAUGCUGGAGGCUCGCAAGGCCUACGUCAACACGGCUCUGUUCGAAAACUUCACCUACGCCGGGAUUGACUGCUCCGCGGAGGAGGCCUAGGCCUAAGGCUGUGGCCGAGCCGGGCGGCCGUACGGGGGCCUGCGCUGGCAUCCGCGGACACCCGCCGGCGAGCCCCGCCCUUGCUCCCCGUGUCCGCGACAUCCGGGCCAGAUGCCUCCUCCACGGCACGGCGGUGCUGCUCGCUCUCUUCGAUAUUUAAAUUCUGGGCAAUAUGAAACGACCUUUUCGUAAAAACUGGAUUCUAGUUUCUUCUGAAUUUGUGUACCGGAAUAACCGCGGUAUUUUUAUUACUAAUUUUUUGUACCUGAUUUACUUUGUACCUCUUUUGAUAAAAUACGCUUUAAGGUGUUGCGUGAUACGUAAUGUGCUCGAGUCUGGACCGUGGCCUUGGAGCUGGAGCCGAGUUCUUGUCGAAGAUUGGUUUGUUAUUGUCACAGAACUGUCCACAAGGGCUGCAGAGAUUGUGGGGGUGGGGGGAGGUGGGGGCCAUUUUCCCCGGGCUUCAGAAGAAAAGGCCAAGCAAGGCCUCAGGGCUAGGCCUCACCUGCCAUUAUUUUGUCUCGGGCCUCCAAAUGUGCUUUGUGGCGCCUGACAGAGCCUGCACCUGGGACAACUGCUCUCUUGUUUCUUUCCUGUUUUAAAGGAAGAUUCCUACUUGCGUUUUGUAAAAUUAUGUAAGCUGGCAGGAACUUCUGGGUGCCAUGACAGUUGAACACCUUGGUUGUCUAAAAUUGAAAAAGUUGUCAAUACUACUGCAUGUAAGAGUCUCUCAAGUUUACAGUUAUGUUUUUCUUCUCGUUGUAGCGACAGGGAUAUGUGUGGCACACUGUACAUACAUUGCUCUCACUUUUUCACUUUUGAAGUUAGGGUUAUAAUUUGAAACCGACUGGUAUACUGUGUGUGUGUAUAGCUAACUGCUCUGAAAUGUUUGCCAAUAAAAUAUUUUUGGAAUAAAAUAAAAGUAGCUGAGCUCGA